AUGUCCGCCGUCAAACAAAUUACUUCUGAAGCUGAGUUCAAGGAAGCUAUCUCCGCCUCCAAUCUCGUCGUUGUCGACUUCUUUGCCACUUGGUGUGGACCUUGUAAGAUGCUCGCUCCAAUGAUCGAAAACUUUGCAAAGGAGUACACUUCCACCAACUUCUACAAGGUGGACGUUGACCAAUUGCCAAAUGUUGCUGCUUCUAACAGUGUUUCUUCGAUGCCAACACUUUUGUUCUUCAAGAACGGUCAACUUCUUGGAACUGUCAUUGGUGCUAACCCAGGUGCUGUCAAGCAGAAUCUUGCCAAGUUGGCUUGA